AUGGAGGUAUGUUUCGGUUUUCACUCCUGUUAUACUACGGCUUAUAGAUUACGCUCGAAGCUGCUGACAUCGUCAAACACAUCGACCGCGGCGGCGGUCACGUUCAUCACCUUCGUGCAAGACUUGAAACGCAAGACGAAGCAAUGGGGUCCUAUGAUCGAGCUAUGCGCCAGUGGCGAGAAGACACUCGAACGCUUUCGCUAUCAAUUUCCAGAUGACUGGCUGUACAGUGACCAGCUGCAGGGAGAGUGGAGUGCUUUUAAUGAGAUCUUGAAGAGGAAGAACGACUCCAUUCAGGAACAGCUCGCUGGGUUGCAGCUGAAGAUUGUCGCGGAGGACAAAAUAGUCGAGAACAAGAUCAAUGACAUUCUACAAGAAUGGGAGCAGACGCGUCCAGUCCAAGGCAGCAUGCGCGCCGACACAGCUCUCAAUACCAUCAACGUGUUUGAGGGCAGACUCAACCGCAUUCAAGAAGAGUACGAUCUCGUGUGUCGCGCGAAGGAGGCCCUUGACCUCGAGCUCAUCCGCCACACGCGUCUUGAGCCCAUAUUCGAGGAACUCCGGGACCUGAAGGCCGUCUGGACAGCACUCUCCGGAAUAUGGAACCAAAUUGGCGAGCUACGCGAAAUGGCUUGGGCAACAGUUCAGCCGAGGAAGCUGAGGCAGCACAUUGACGGGCUGCUUUCGUCAACAAAGGACAUGCCGACACGAAUGAGGCAGUAUGCCGCGUUUGAAUAUGUGCAAGAGAUUCUCCGAGGACUCUUGAAGUCCAACACCCUCAUCUCAGAAUUGAAAUCAGAGGCUCUCAAGGAUAGGCACUGGAAGCAGCUGUUCAAGGUCCUGCGUGUGCCGACUCAAGUCAGCCUGCCAUUGAUGACCUUAGGACAUGUCUAUGAUAUGGACCUACGGAAGAACGAGAACGUUAUCAAGGAAGUCAUCAUUCAGGCGCAAGGAGAGAUGGCUUUGGAAGAGUAUAUUAGACAAGUUAAAGAGACAUGGUCUAACUAUACUCUGGACCUCGUCAAUUACCAGAACAGGUGUCGUCUCAUUCGUGGAUGGGACGAUCUCUUCAACAAGUGCAGCGAGAAUCUAAAUUCACUCGUCGCUAUGAAGCUAUCACCUUACUACAAAGUGUUCGAGGAAGAGGCUGGAUCUUGGGAGGAAAAGCUGAAUCGAAUCCACGUCUUGUUCGAUGUCUGGAUCGAUGUACAACGGCAGUGGGUGUAUCUGGAGGGUAUUUUCUCGGGCAGCGCUGACAUCAAGCAUCUUCUGCCCGUCGAGACCGCUCGCUUCGCCAACAUUAACACCGAAUUCUUGGCAGUGAUGAAGAAGGUCUACAAGUCGCCGUUCGUCAUCGAUGUCAUGAACAUUCCCGGAAUUCAGAAGAGUCUUGAACGCCUCGCUGACUUGCUGAACAAGAUCCAGAAGGCUCUUGGAGAGUACCUCGAGCGCGAGCGAGCGUCUUUCCCGCGGUUCUACUUCGUUGGUGACGAGGACCUGCUCGAAAUCAUCGGCAACAGCAAAGAGAUCCUGCGUAUCAUGAAGCAUCUCAAGAAGAUGUUCGCCGGCAUCUCGACCAUCAUGCUCGAUGAUGACUUGACGCAAAUACAGGGCAUGGCCUCUCGAGAGGGAGAGGAGGUACAGUUCAAGGAUGCCAUCCUGCUCAAGGACUUUCCGAAGAUCAAUGACUGGCUGAGCAAGCUGGAAUCUGAAAUGAGAAUUUCCCUUGCGCAGCUAUUAUGUGACGCGGUGUCCGAGCUGCAAACGUUCUAUGGCGCCAUCACGCCGUUGCCCCAGGAUCAAUUCAUGGUCUGGCUGGAGAGGUAUCCUGCUCAGCUUGUCACCUUGGCAAUUCAGGUCGCUUGGACGGCUUCCGUCGAGUCUGCGCUCGAGAAUUCUAGCAGUCUGGAUGGACCGUUGGACGUCGUGCGGCAAGGUCUUGACCUUCUGGCCGACGUCGUCUUGACCGAGCUCAGCCCUGUUACUCGACGGAAAUGCGAGCAUCUGAUCACCGAGCUUGUCCACCAGCGUGACGUUCUGCGUAAUCUUGCUCAGCAGAGAAUAUCGGACAACAGAGCUUUCUCAUGGCUAUACCAGAUGCGGUACUACUUGGACCAGAGCAUAGAGAAUCCUCUGGAUAGGCUUGCUAUCCGAGUUGCGGAUGCAACGUUCCCGUACGGAUGGGAGUACCUGGGUGUACCCGAUCGUCUCGUCCAAACGCCUCUAACUGAUAGAUGUUAUCUAACGCUAACGCAAGCGUUGGACAACCAGCUUGGAGGCGCUCCUUUCGGGCCUGCUGGGACAGGUAAAACAGAAUCUGUCAAGGCAUUGGGCGUGCAACUUGGUCGCUUCGUGCUAGUUUUCUGCUGCGACGAGACGUUCGACUUCCAGGCGAUGGGUCGUAUCUUCGUCGGAUUGUGUCAAGUGGGAGCGUGGGGAUGUUUCGACGAAUUCAACCGUCUAGAGGAGCGCAUCCUCAGUGCAGUCUCUCAGCAAGUGCAGAGCAUCCAGCAGGGUCUUGCCUCUCUUGUGAAGAACCCCAAUACUGAGAUCGAGCUGGUUGGCAAGAGUGUAAAGAUCAACAAGAACAUGGGUGUUUUCAUUACCACGAACCCGAACUAUGCUGGUCGAUCGACUCUUCCACCCAACCUGACCAAAUUGUUCAGACCGAUGGCUAUGACACGUCCCGAUCGGGAGUUGAUCGCCCAAGUGAUGCUCUUCUCGCAAGGCUUCCGGACUGCAGAGUCGCUGGCCUCAAAGAUUGUACCAUUCUUCAAUCUUUGCGAUGAGCAGCUAUCGCCACAGCCUCACUACGACUUCGGUCUUCGAGCAUUGAAGGCGGUGUUGGCCAGCGCGGGUAUUCUCAAACGUGAACGUCUUCAGGCUAUUCGGACAGACGAGGAAGAUGCUGGAGCACUGUCCGACGCCGUCUCGGAACAAGUGAUUCUGAUUCAAAGUGUCACCGAGACUAUCGUACCCAAACUCGUCGCUGACGAUGUUCCCCUGUUGACGAGUUUGCUGGCGGACGUGUUCCCUGGUACUGAUUACAUUCCUGUCAAUCUGGAUGCACUGCGCGAGGAGAUCAGCAAGGUUUGCCAGGAGCGUCGCCUUGUUGAAGGCGAGCGAUGGAUUUCCAAGAUCCUUCAACUCUACCAGAUCCAAAAGAUCCAGCAUGGUCUGAUGAUGGUUGGAUCAUCCGGCAGCGGCAAGAGUAACGCGUGGCAGGUGCUCCUGGCGGCUCUUGAACGUCUCGAUGGCGUCGAAGGCAUAGCAUAUGUCAUUGACCCCAAGGCCAUGCACAAGGACGCCUUGUACGGAACCCUGGAUCCCACCACUCGCGAAUGGAAUGACGGCCUGUUUACCCACACCCUUCGUAAAAUAGUCGACGAUGUCCGCGGCGAGAGUGGAAAGCGACACUGGAUCAUCUUCGAUGGCGAUGUAGACCCAGAGUGGGUGGAGAACCUCAACAGUGUGCUUGAUGACAACAAGCUUCUAACCCUACCGAACGGAGAGCGUCUGAACUUACCACCGAACGUUCGUAUAAUGUUCGAAGUGGAACAUUUGAGAUAUGCGACGCUCGCCACGGUCAGUCGAUGCGGUAUGAUCUGGUUCAGCGAGGACAUCGUAGAACCGGCCAUGGUGUACCGCUACUAUCUCGACACCCUUUCUUCUGUCCCUCUUGAUGCUGAAGACGAGGAGAUCGAUCUAGGAGGACGUCGCAACGACACUCUCGCGUCUGAUUCGGCUUCGUCUGCUAAUCUGAUCACUCAGAAGCAGGUUGCAACCAUACUCGAGCCAUAUUUCGCUGAUGACAGCCUGGUGACGGCUGCUCUCGUGUUCGCUGAAUCAAUUGAACACAUCAUGGACUUCACCACCACUCGUGCUCUCAACACUCUUUUCUCGCUGAUCAACAAGACCGUUCGCAACGUGAUCGAGUACAACCUGCAGCAUUCCGAUUUCCCUCUGUCCCCUGAACGCGUCGAGCAAUACGUCACGAAGCGCCUUCUUGUCAACAUCAUCUGGGCGUUCUCUGGCGACGCUCGCCUGGAGCUGCGCUCCGAAAUGGGUGAAUUCUUGCGCAAGCAGACAGGUGUCGAUCUUCCUCUCAUGGGCCCCGGUGGUUCGCUCCUCGACUACGAUGUCUUGGUCAACAGCGGAGAGUGGUUCGGCUGGCAGUCGCGAGUUCCUGUGAUAGAGAUAGAGGCGCAUGCGGUCACCGCUUCAGACGUGGUCGUGCCGACAAUUGACACUGUCCGUCACGAAGAGGUUUUGUACUCGUGGCUCUCAGAGCAUAAACCUCUCAUGUUGUGCGGCCCACCAGGGUCUGGCAAGACCAUGACACUUUUCAGCGCCCUUCGCAAGCUUCCCGAUAUGGAAGUCGUCGGCCUCAACUUCUCCAGUGCAACAACACCGGAAUUAAUCCUGAAGACAUUCGAGCAAUAUUGUGAAUAUAGGAAGACCCCGAAUGGUGUUAUUCUUGCGCCUGUGCAGAUUGGUCGCUGGCUUGUGGUGUUUUGUGACGAGAUCAAUCUGCCCGCGACGGAUAAAUACGGUACCCAGCGCGUUAUCUCUUUUAUUCGCCAGCUUGUCGAAGCGGGCGGAUAUUGGAGGGCAUCCGACAUGGCUUGGGUGAAGUUGGAGAGAAUCCAGUUUGUGGGCGCUUGCAACCCUCCUACAGAUCCUGGACGAGUUCCGCUUAGCCAUCGAUUCCUCCGCCAUGCACCUUUGGUCAUGGUGGACUACCCGGGCGAACUGUCGCUCAAGCAGAUCUACGGGACCUACAAUCGAGCACUCCUCAAAGUGGUGCCCAACCUGCGCACGUAUGCCGAACCACUUACGGACGCCAUGGUCACGCUUUAUCUUGCGUCGCAGAAGCGCUUCACUACCGACAUACAGGCCCACUAUGUGUACAGUCCACGUGAACUGACACGUUGGGUCCGCGGUAUAUAUGAAGCGAUCCGGCCGUUGGAGGUUCUCUCUGUGGAGGGGCUUGUACGAGUGUGGGCACACGAAGCCUUGCGUCUCUUCCAGGAUCGACUUGUUACAGAGGAAGAGAAACAGUGGACGGACGAAAACAUCGACACAGCCGCGAUGGAGCAUUUCCCGACGAUCAACAAGGACGAGGCGUUGACGCGUCCAAUUUUGUUCUCGAAUUGGACUUCCAAGAACUACAUUCCUGUAGAUCGGGGAGUUCUCCGGGAGUAUACUAAGGCGCGGCUCCGUGUGUUCUAUGAAGAGGAGCUUGACGUUCCCCUAGUCCUCUUCAAUGACGUCCUGGAUCAUGUCCUCCGGAUCGAUCGUGUUUUCCGACAAGUGCAAGGUCAUCUUUUGUUGAUCGGUGUCAGUGGGAGUGGCAAGACCACCUUGUCGCGGUUUGUUGCCUGGAUGAACGGCUUGAAUAUCUUCCAGAUCAAAGUCUCUAACAAAUAUACUGGGGAAGACUUCGAUGAAGAUCUACGGACCGUCUUACGCCGUGCAGGUUGUAAGGGGGAAAAGAUAUGUUUCAUCAUGGACGAAUCAAAUGUCCUCGAUUCUGGCUUCCUUGAGAGGAUGAACACACUUCUGGCGAAUGCUGAGGUUCCUGGUCUUUUCGAGGGCGAUGAGCAUUCCGCACUCAUGACAGCUUGCAAAGAGGGUUCUCAGCGCGAUGGCUUGAUGCUAGACUCUCAUGAAGAGUUGUAUAAAUGGUUCACUCAACAGGUCGCCAAGAACCUACACGUCGUCUUCACCAUGAAUCCCCCGGCCAAUGGUCUGGCUUCUCGUGCGGCUACAUCUCCUGCGCUGUUCAACCGUUGCGUCCUUGACUGGUUCGGGGACUGGUCUGACCAAGCGUUCUAUCAAGUUGGCAUGGAAUUCACAAGUACACUGGACCUCGAUUUACCUUCGUACAAUCCUCCGACUAUGUUCCCUAUCGCAUACCGCGAGCUUUCUAUGCCGCCCGUCCAUCGCACUGCUGUCGUGAACGCGUUGGUCUUUGUCCACCAGUCACUGCAUCAAAUCAAUCAGCGCUUGAGUCGUCGUCAAGGCCGGUACAACUAUGUCACGCCUAGGCAUUACCUUGACUUCAUCAACCAUUAUGUCCGUUUGCACAACGAGAAGCGGGAUGAACUAGAGGAGCAGCAACGCCACUUGCAUGUUGGGCUGGACAAACUUCGGGACACUGUGACGCAGGUAGAGGAGCUACGCAAGAGCCUGGCGAUUAAGCGCUCCCAGCUUGAAGCAAAGAAUGCAGAGGCGAAUGAGAAGUUGAAACGCAUGGUCGCUGAUCAGCAAGAGGCUGAGCAGAAGAAAGCAGCGUCCAUCGAGAUUCAGGCUGCUCUGGUGGAGCAGGACAAGCAUAUUGCACAGCGCCGCGCCGUUGUCAUGACUGAUCUUGCCGACGCCGAGCCUGCGGUUCUCGAUGCUCAAGCAGCAGUCAGUAAUAUCAAACGCCAGCACCUGCAGGAAGUCCGUACAAUGGCUAAUCCACCAGAGGCUGUGAAGCUUGCGAUGGAGUCCGUAUGCACACUCCUAGGCCACAAGAUCGACAGUUGGCGUACUGUUCAAGGUAUAAUCAGGCGCGACGAUUUCAUUCAGCGUAUCGUCAACUUCGACACGACCAAUCAGAUGACGAAGCAGCUGCGAGAUGUCAUGAAGCGAGACUUCGUGAGCCGGCCAUCCUAUACCUUCGAAACCGUUCAGCGCGCCAGUAAGGCUUGUGGCCCUCUCGUCAAGUGGGCCAUUGCUCAAGUCCGUUUCUCCGAGAUUUUGGACAAGGUCGAGCCCCUUCGCAACGAGGUGCAGUCAUUAGAGGAGCAAGCCGCGCAUACGAAGGAGCAAGCCAAGACAAUGGUCACUAUGAUUUCCGAGCUGGAAGCAAGCAUUGAGCAGUACAAGGAAGAGUACGCGGCACUGAUCCGGGAGACUCAGGCGAUCAAGACCGAAAUGGAGCGCGUGGAAAGCAAGGUCAACCGCAGCAUGAAACUUCUCGAAAGUCUUUCUUCUGAGAAGUCUCGCUGGGAGCUGGGUAGCCGUACGUUCGACACCGAGAUGAGCACGAUCGUCGGUGACGUCUUGCUCUCUGCUGCAUUCCUGGCGUAUGGCGGCUUCUUUGACCAACAGUAUCGAGAAAUGAUGUGGCAGGACUGGUCGACACAUCUAGCCGAGGCAAACAUCAAGUUCAAGACCGAGUUGUCUUUGCCCGAUUACCUGUCCACCGCUGACGAUCGCUUGAGUUGGCAGUCAAAGGGAUUGCCUUCCGACAACCUCUGCACCGAAAAUGCCAUCAUGAUCAAACGCUUCAGUCGCUACCCGCUCAUCAUUGAUCCUACUGGUCAGGCUACUAAUUUCCUUCUCAACGAAUACAAAGAUCGGAAGAUUACUGUCACGAGUUUCCUGGAUGAGGCCUUCCUCAAGGUCUUGGAAAGCGCGCUGCGCUUUGGAAACACCCUCCUAAUCCAAGACGUAGAACACCUUGAUCCAAUCCUCAAUCCCGUCUUGAAUAAGGAGAUUCGCAGAACAGGAGGGCGUGUGUUGAUCCGCCUUGGAAGUCAAGAUAUCGAUUUUUCUCCAUCCUUCACUAUGUUCCUAUCGACUCGCGACCCAUCUGUCGAGUUUUCUCCGGAUAUCUGCAGUCGAGUCACGUUCGUCAAUUUCACCAUGACCAGGAGCAGUCUGCAGAGCCAGUCGCUCGAUCAGGUACUCAAAGUUGAACGUUCGGACACGGAGAGAAAACGGACGGAUUUGAUGAAAAUGCAAGGCGAAUUCCGUCUCCGUCUGCGGACAUUGGAAAAAUUGCUUUUGCAAGCCCUCAACGAGUCCACUGGUAAUAUCCUGGACGAUGACAAGGUUAUUGAUACUUUGGAGACCCUGAAGCGCGAAGCUGCCGAGAUCACCCGCAAAGUCGAAGAGACAGACCUCGUCAUGAAGGAAGUCGAACAAGUCACCGCCGAAUAUCUUCCUUUAGCUCAAGCUUGCAGUGCCGUCUUCUUCAUUCUGGAACAGCUGAAUCUGGUUGACCAUUUCUACCAGUUCUCUCUGCGAUUCUUCCUCGAUAUCUUCGAUUAUGUGCUUCUCCACAAUCCAAACCUCAAGAACGUCAGCGAUUAUCAUCGUCGUAGAGAGAUCCUGACGAACGACCUCUUCCUCAUGGUCUACAAGAGAACCUCGCGGGCUCUGCUCCAUCGGGACCAUGUUAUGCUGGCAGUUCUGUUGGCUCAAGUGAAGCUCCGUGGCAUUGAGGAAAUCGCUGACGAAAUGGAGUUCCUUAUGGAGAGCGGUGAUGGCGCGGUGGCUGCCAAUGCAAGCAAUCCCGACUUGCAAAGUUGCCCAUACCUCUCCAUAGAACAGAAACAGCGAUUAGAAAGCUAUGGGAAGCAACCUCUGUUCCAACCCGUUGUGACUCACGUGCUGCAACAUGAAGACGAGUGGCUCCAAUUCCUUCAUUCCAACACUCCGGAAAAUUCCGUGCCUUCUCCCUGGCCUCCUAGCACUCCCGCUGUGGAAGCAAUCCGUCGCAUCAUAAUCGUCAAGUGCCUGCGUCCAGACCGACUGCUGCAGGCCACAGCGGCGUUUGUGCGCGAUGUUUUCCAGGCCGAUCUGAAUGCGGAAUCUAGCUACGACCUUUCGACCAUGGUAGCCGACGAGGUUCUUCCUGCCACACCACUUUCUUUGGUUUCAGUCCCAGGCUACGAUGCGAGCUACAGAGUGGAAAAUCUAAUUCAGAACACCGGUGCUCGAUGCUCGCAGGUCGCCAUGGGCUCACAAGAGGGAUUCACCCUCGCAGACCAGGCCAUUGCAUUUGCUGCUCGUCAGGGUUCUUGGGUGUUGCUCAAAAACGUCCAUCUCGCGCCGUCAUGGCUUGGACAGCUUGAGAAAAAGCUACAGACCUUAAAUCCGCAUCGCAACUUCCGAUUGUUCCUCACCAUGGAAGCCAAUCCAAGUAUCCCCGUAAAUAUCCUCCGGCAGUCGAGAAUCCUCAUGAACGAGCCUCCUCCGGGUAUCAAGGCCAAUCUGACGGACUCCUUGCGCAGUAUCUCGGCCUCCCGAUUGUCGCAAGGCCCAGCGGAGAAGUCCCGACUGUACUUCUUGCUUGCAUGGUUCCACGCCGUGGUCCAAGAGCGCUUGCGAUACGUUCCCCUCGGCUGGAGCAAGAAAUACGACUUCAAUGACUCAGAUAUGGCUUCUGCAUUCAACACGAUCGAUGCUUGGAUCAAUGCGGUGGCGAAAGGUCGGGCCAAUGUCGAUCCUGCCAUAAUCCCUUGGGAUGCGAUCAGGACGUUGGUCAAACAGUGUGUGUAUGGUGGCCGAGUCGACAGUGACUUUGACCAGAAGAUCUUGGACGCCUUCGUGGACGGGCUGUUCACGCCAUCUGCCUACAAUGUUGAUUUCGAUCUCGUUCCGAGCGCCUCUGGGUCUAAAGUGCUAGGCGUCCCAGAUGGUACGAAGUUGGACCACUUCCUCUCUUGGGUCGCAGGUCUUCCUGAACGAGAGCCUCCUGCGUGGCUAAGCCUUCCCCCCACCGCGGAAAGAGUUAUCGCGAUUGCUCAAGGGAACGAGCUCCUCGGGAAACUGCGCAAGAUGCGGAUGCUCAGCGACGAUGACGAUGAUGUGGCAGCAGCAAGCUCAGCAAAGGGGCAGGCUUCGCAGCAACCUGCCUGGAUGCGGCAGCUUCUCGAACGAUGCCGGGAGUGGCUUGAGCAGUUGCCUUCGAACUUCAACACGUUGCAGAAGCAGGGUGGGGACAACCAGGACCCGCUGCAUCGCUUAUUCUCCAGGGAAGGUAGUAUUGGCAGCAGACUCCUCACGCAAGUGCGCCGAGACUUGGCGGAUGUCACCAAGGUCUGCGAGGGCGCUCUCAAGCAGACGAACCAUCUUCGUAAUCUCAUGAGCGCACUGACCAAAGGUACCAUUCCUGAUCACUGGCGACGGUACAAAGUGCACAAGACCCUGGCGGUAUCAGGCUGGAUCUCAGACUUCUCUCGUCGCCUGGCGCAGUUGAAUAACAUUGCUGGGCUCGACAACUUGAACAACGUGGAAGUCUGGCUCGGCGGUCUCUUCUUCCCUGAAGCAUACGUUACGGCGACGCGCCAAGCUGUUGCUCAUCGUAAAAAGUGGAGUCUCGAGACGCUGCACCUCAAACUGGACAUCGACAAAGUUAACGAUCCUGGGGCCUUCAUCGUAGAUGGCCUCGUUCUCGAGGGUGCUGCGUGGGAGUCGGACAAACUCAUUUUGAACGAGGGGGAGACAGUCAGGCUUAACCCGUCGCAGAUUCGCUGGGUCCAGGCAGACGACUCCUCAUCUCCAGGCACGGUCAACUUGCCCGUAUACCUAAACAGCGAUCGCAGUCAUGUCCUCUUCACCGUCGACCUUCCCUUCGACAGCGCGGCGGGUGCGCUAGUUGCAACCAGGGCGGUCUGUCUGACGGCAGGAGGCUAGACGACGUGGCACGAUGCUUCCGGAUGAUACCCGCAGACUACUUAUACGAUACCUGAUGCUGUCACAUAGAUUUCUAAUGGCUAAUGAAAUGCAUGAUCUUGGAGGUUCUAUCUC